AUGAAUCCAGUAAAUAAGAUACACAUCGUGGACCUUUUAGGUCCUGGCGAAACUUUGGAAAUGUAUCGAGACGAUUAUGAUGAUUUGGCGACGACAUCGGUGACAACGACGAAUUUCAAUGAUAUUACUGAUGAACCUCCAAAGACACCAAUAAUGUCACCAAGUUAUUGUAGUAAUGUUGGUGAGGAUAAUAACAAUGAUAAUAAAGGUGGCAGCGAUAAAGACGACAGUGAUAAAGACGGCAAUAACAAAAAUCAGAUAUUCUCUACGCCGCCUCCACGAAAUCAACCACUUCCAGUUUCUUUUUUUGAAACGCCAAAUACAUCUCCAAUAACUGAACAAAGAAAUCCACCCAAUACCAUUAAUACUCCUUCUCCAAAACUCAUUCACCCUUUCUCCAAUUAUUUUCCAAACAAAACACCACCACCGCCGCCGCCUCUAGUGUCUCCCCCUCCUCGUUCAUCAAUCAUGGAUCCUAAAAUCGAUCCUUCAACUUUACGCACCCCAGAAAUGCGGAAGGUUUCUACUUCAAAGUCACCUCAAUGGUAUUAUAGUUCAGUUAGUUCGCGUCAUUUUCAUUCGUCAUUUGAGCCUACACCUAUUAGUGGUUACGAUAAUUUUUCGUAUUCUCCCGUCUCACCGACACCUUCAUGGAGCGACUUUGAACAAAAAUAUCAAAAAAAAAUUCCGGAUGAUGAGAAAAUAAAAAUUGAUGAAAUUAAUCAUUUUCCUUCGUCACCAUUAUUGUUAAUACCAUCCCCCUCACCCUUAUCUAAAUCAAAUUCAACUCAAUCAAUCAAAAGAUUGUUCAAUGGAAAGAGUCUAAAUGAAAAUAUCUUGACUGAUCAAAAAGAUUAUUUCGAUUUAGAAUCUUUUCCAUUUGUUGAGAGUAAUACAAAAUCAUUGUCGAAAGAAAAACAUCGUCGUCGUCAUCGUCAGCAUCAUUUAUUAUUGUCGAAACAACUUCAGCAGGAGGCUAAUGAGUUUAAUAAUGGUUAUGAUGGAGAUAUUGAGUAUAUUGAUGAAUGA